AUGCUGCUCCGCGCAAAGGAGAACUGCAUGGUCUGUAUUCCGGAAACGUUUUGGCGAGCACAGCUCGAUAAGGCGCUUGACGAGCUUCGAGCAAAAGCGCUCGAGAAGGGAGAGGAUCCGUUGACAGUCUUUUUCUCAGAAAAUGAUGUGCUAACGGCGUGGAUCCUGCGCUGUACGGUUGGCGAGAUGCAAGCGAGCCCAGACAGGACGGUUGCCGCGUCUGUCGCGAUGUUGCUCCGCAAAGCUUUCGAAGGCGACCUCAUUCCCAAAUCCAGUGAAAAUCCCUACCUCGGCAACGCUUUCGGCUGGGCCAAUGUCCUCGUCACAGCCGGCGACAUAGCCUCGAAACCACUAAGCUGGCUCGCUUGCCAAGUGCGACGUGCCAUCAACGAGCAAGGAACGCGCGCCCAGCACGAGGCAUACUACGAAAUGGUCCGAACGUCCGGAGUGGGCCUACCAAUCGUCAUCUUCGGAGACGGCGGGAUGGUACAGAUUGGGUUCUGA